GUAAACAGUAUCGCCUCAUCCGCGAGUCCAAGAUCACCUGUUGCUCCGCGCAGCAUCGUACUCAGUUUCGCGAGCUGUCAAUUUAUCUCACAGAGAAGUUUCCAUCUCUUUAAGUUCGUAGUCUUCCGUAAUUUCCGUAACGGUGGUGACCGAUUCGGCGAGAGCGGGGGUCGAUUGGUGAGCGCCCUCGCGAAAAAGAUUGCGUAAUCGGACGGAGCCCUGUGACCGUGUCGGCGUGCCAUUAUGUGUUUUACGGAGCCAGCUAUCAGCUCCACCUUGGUUUUUUUCGUCAACGGCGUCAAGGUGGUCGAUAGUGAAGUAAACCCAGAAUGGACACUGCUGCAGUAUUUACGCCAGAAACUCCACCUGACCGGAACGAAGCUCGGCUGUGCAGAAGGAGGAUGUGGAGCCUGUACCGUCAUGGUAUCGAAAUUCGAUCGAGUCAAGAAAAAAAUCACUCACAGCGCAGUGAACGCGUGUUUGACGCCUGUGUGCGCGGUGCACGGGCUGGCAGUGACGACGGUGGAAGGGAUAGGGAGCACUCGGACGCGACUUCACCCCGUCCAGGAGCGGAUCGCCAAGGCGCACGGUUCUCAGUGCGGCUUUUGCACCCCCGGCAUCGUCAUGUCCAUGUACUCCCUCCUCCGCUCCCACAAGGAACCCACCCUCACCAUGGACGACAUGGAGGUCGCCUUCCAAGGAAAUUUGUGUCGCUGUACCGGGUAUCGGCCUAUUAUUGAAGGCUUCCGAUCUUUCAUCGAAGAAUGGGAACAAGUCAGAGCAAGAAGUGCAACAAAUGGCACCACAAAUGGAUGUGGGAUGGGCGAAAAUUGCUGCAAAGUCAAGAAGAACGGCCUCCAGAAUGGAACUGCCGAUUCUGCUGAUGAAGAAGAUGGCAAAUUAUUCAAUCAGGCUAACUUUGCUCCCUAUGACCCAACCCAAGAACCUAUCUUCCCCUCUGAACUACAGCUUUCAGACAAACUAGAUUCCGAAUUCUUCAUGGUUAAAGGACAGGACGUCACAUGGUACCGACCGAGCAAGAUGGAAGAUCUCCUCGCUCUAAAAGCAAAAUAUAAUCAUGCCAAAAUUGUUGUUGGAAAUACAGAAGUUGGAGUUGAAGUCAAAUUUAAAAAAUGCUCUUACCCUGUCAUCAUUCACCCAGUCCAAAUCAAAGAACUCUCUAGCUUUGAAAUUAAAGAAUCGGGUGUUCAAGUAGGAGCUUCAAUAACACUGAGUGAUCUAGAAAAUAAUUUGAAGGCAGUCAUAUCUCAGCAGCCAAGCUAUAAGACAAAAAUCUUUAAGGCAAUCGUCAAAAUGUUACACUGGUUUGCGGGAAAGCAGAUUAGAAAUGUAGCAGCCAUAGGAGGGAACAUCAUGACUGGCAGUCCUAUCUCAGAUCUGAACCCAAUCCUCAUGGCAGCCAACUGCCAGCUGGUAGUAGAGAGUAAGACGCGGGGCGUACGCCACGUAACAAUGGACGAGAAAUUCUUCACAGGCUACCGACGUAAUGUCAUAGCCCCAGACGAGAUCCUCAAGUCAAUCAUUAUCCCAUACACCACUCAGCGGCAUCACUUCCGCGCCUAUAAACAGGCGCGGCGCCGGGAUGACGAUAUAUCCAUCGUCAACGCUGCCUUCAGUUUGGAGCUUGAUGAAAACAACUGCAUUGAUGGUCUCAGAAUUGUGUACGGUGGUGUGGCGCCAGUCACUACUAUUGCCAAGAAGACCUCUCAGCAGCUCAUUGGCAAGAAGUGGGAUAGAGACAUGUUGAAUGAGGCAUAUUCACUGCUUAUGGAUGAUCUGCCCCUGGAUCCUGGUGCUCCUGGGGGUAUGAUUCAGUACCGGCGUUCUUUGACGCUCAGCCUCUUCUUCAAGUUCUACUUAACGGUGUGCAAUGAGCUAAGCAUCCCAAUCCCAUCAAAAGAGGCAAGUGGAGUCAAGACAUUCCAUACCCUGACUCCAAAGUCCUCACAAUACUUUGAGAAGCGUCCCAAUGAGACUCGCAAUGACCUGGUUGGAAGGCCCAUUGUUCACAUGUCUGCUUUUAAGCAGGCAGCGGGUGAAGCUAUCUACUGCGAUGACAUUCCCCGCAACGAGCAAGAACUCUAUCUGGCAUAUGUUAUCUCCAGUCGUGCUCAUGCCAAGCUGUUGAACGUGGAUCCAUCACCUGCGUUAGCACUGAAGGGAGUCCAUGCAUUUUUCUCAGAGAAAGAUUUGCCAGGCGAUCGCAAUAAAGUUGGUGCCAUAUUUUUCGAUGAAGAUGUUUUUGCCAGGGAUAAGGUUCUUUGUCAGGGUCAGACGAUUGGAGUUGUUGUUGCUGAUACCCAGGUUCUAGCGCAAAGAGCAGCUCGUUUAGUUAAAGUGGAAUAUGAAGACUUGGAGCCAAUUAUUACAAUAGAGGAUGCCAUAGCAGCAAAAUCCUUCUUCAAAGAUCCGCCACAGGGACUGGUUUACGGAGACCCAGAGUCAGCUUUCGCAACUGCCGACCAUGUACUGACAGGUGAAGUGCGGAGCGGAGGACAAGAGCAUUUCUACUUGGAAACUCAUUGCGCACUGGUAGUUCCCAAACGUGAAGAUGAUGAGCUGGAUGUCCUCACCUCUUCACAACAUCCCACUGAAAUACAGCACUUGAUCGCACAUGUUUUAGGCGUCCCUGACAAUCGUAUUGUUUGUCGUGUGAAACGAAUGGGAGGAGGAUUUGGAGGUAAAGAAUCUCGACCUAGUUUGGUGUCCAUUCCAUGUGCUGUUGCCGCGCAUAGAUUGCAGCGACCUGUUAGAUGUAUGAUGGACAGAGAUGAAGACAUUGUGAUGACAGGACAAAGACAUCCUUUUCUAUCGAGGUAUAAAAUAGGGUUUACAAAAGAAGGCAAAAUAGUAGCUGUCGAUAUCACUCUCUAUUGUAAUGCCGGCAUGUCUUUUGAUCUCUCUACGGCUGUAAUGAACAGAGCAAUGAUGCACUAUGAGAAUUGCUACAAAGUGCCCAAUGUAUCAAUAAAAGGGUAUCUUUGUAGGACAAACAUUCCUUCAAAUACAGCAUUCAGAGGCUUUGGAGGACCCCAAGGCAUGUUUGUCGGUGAAAACAUGAUUAGGCACAUGGCAGAAUUUCUCAAAAAAGAUUUCAACGAGAUUGCCCUACUGAAUUUUUACAAAGAAAACGAUUUAACUCAUUUCAAGCAAGUACUGAAACGAAACACCCUGCAGCGCUGCUGGGAUGAAGUAGUUGAAACGUCCGACUACAAAAAUCGUAGAAUCGCUGUUGAAGAAUUCAAUAAACAAAAUCGGUGGCAUAAGCGCGGAAUCACUCUAACGCCUACCGCUUUUGGAAUAGCCUUUGAAACUCUGUUUCUGAACCAAUCAGGAGCCUUUGUUUUAGUUUACGCAGAUGGAUCAGUCCUUAUUUCACAUGGAGGCACUGAGAUGGGACAAGGUCUUCAUACCAAAAUGAUACAGGUUGCAAGCAGAUGUUUGGAUAUUCCUGUAUCUCUCAUUCACAUUUCAGAAACAUCUACAGACAAAGUGCCCAACACAUCCGCAACUGCAGCUAGCUGUGGCUCCGAUUUGAAUGGGAUGGCUAUAAUAGAUGCAUGCAAUCAGAUCAUGGAACGUUUGAAACCGUAUAAAAAAGCAAAACCUGAUGCUGACUGGAAAACUUGGGUUCAUGAUGCAUUCUUUGAUAGAGUUAGCCUUGCCGCCAGUGGAUUUUACAAGACUCCAGACAUUGGUCAUGGAACCGAAAACUACUUUAACUACUUUGUAUACGGUGUUGCGUGUGCCGAAGUUGAAAUCGACUGCCUCACAGGGGAUCACCAGGUGUUGAGGACGGACAUUGUAAUGGACUUGGGUGAGAGCUUAAAUCCAGCCAUUGACAUCGGUCAGGUGGAAGGAGGCUUCAUGCAAGGCUACGGUUUGUUUGUGAUGGAAGAGCUUAUGACAUCCCCCUCAGGAUUCCUCUACACUCGAGGACCUGGAGCUUACAAAAUACCUGGGUUUGCCGACAUCCCAGCAGAGUUCAAUGUAUCUCUGCUCAAAGGAGCACCCAACCCUCGCGCUGUCUACUCAUCCAAGGCUGUUGGAGAACCACCUCUGUUUUUGGCAUCGUCUGUAUUUUUCGCCAUCAAGGAGGCGAUAAAAGCUGCAAGGAAAGACGCAGGGAAUGAAGAGUACUUCAAGUUGGAUGCACCUGCAACCUCUGCCCGCAUUCGAAUGGCGUGCCUGGAUGAAAUCACAGCCAAAGUAAGUUUAUCUCUAUUCCUUCAUUUUUAAUUUAUCUAAUUUGCAUCUGAACGUUGCCUUAUAAUUGCAUGGUAAAACUAUUUUUUAUACAUUGAAUUCCUAUUAUGCUUCAGUGUUUCCUCUACUUUAAAAUAAA